AUGUUGUCUACUGGGUGUCAGAAGCUUGGGAUAAACGUUAGGGAGGACACUAUAAGAAGGUCAUGGCGCAAACUUUUCGGAAUUGAAAAGGCAAGCCGCCAAGAGACAGCUGCUCCUGAAAACCAGCCAAGAGCAUGUCCUCCUGAAAAUGAAGAGCUUGUGAAUCUUUGUAACCACCUUCCAGUGGCUGAGCCCAUCAGUGCAGAGGACAUCAGUGAAUGGAUCAAUGGAGAUGAGGAUCAGGCCCUAACUGAUGACGUGAUUAUCCAGAUGCUCAACCAACCAGAAGAUGAUGACAACGAUGAACCUGAUGGGGCGACUGAGAAAAUAUCACAUACAGAAGGUCUAAGAACGAUCGAGGGAGCACUGGCAUACAUUGAACAACAAGAAACCGCAACAACAAACGAUUUAGUUUGGCUGCGACGCUGGCGCAACAGGGCGGCUAGCCUAAGAUCCUCUAAUCUAAGUCAAAAAACAAUAACUGAUUUCUUUGGGAAAAAAGAUUAGCUUACUUUGUUUAUUUUUGUACAAUGUACAGUAAAUUAAUUUUCAUUUCUUUGAUUUAAUUUUGUAAACAGGAAUACUGUACUGUA